AAAGUGUCCAGUGUCAACUCUGCUCCUUAGCUGAUACUUCUAUCGACUGCUCGGGUUGUGUACAUCUUCGCCUGGCAUCCUGACGAACUGUGACCAUGUACGGCUUUGUAAACCAAGCUUUGCAAGAUUUAGUAUUGCGAGAGAGCAGCUUCGGAACUUGGGAAGAAAUACUGAAGAAAGCAAAUAUCGAUUUAGGAGAAACAGGAGAAUUCAAUCAACGGCGAAUAUAUGAUGAUCAAAAUACGUUUGACCUGCUAAGAGUCGCUUCGGAGGUUCUGGGGCUAUCGCACAAUGUGAUCUUGGAGAAGUUUGGGGAAAUAUUCUUCGAGUACUGCCAAAACUCUGGCUACGAGAAGAUGCUGGAUAGUCUUGGAAGCAACUUAAAGGACUUUUUCAACAGUCUAGAUGCACUGCACGAGCAUCUGCUGUAUAUUUUCCCUGGUAUACGAGCACCUUCAUUUAAUGCCAAAGAUAGUCCGGAUGGCAGUGGGAUAGAAAUCUAUUACUAUUCUGAAAGGUCAGGCCUUGAGUAUAUGGUUGUUGGUGUUGUGAAAGCCGUGGCAAGAGAGGUCUACAACGCAAAGGUGAAUGUUGAGGUAGCUGUGUCUACAAACCAGGAGAAGACUUGGUCUAAGAUUGUUGUUACUCCUGAGAACUAUGAAGAUAUAAUGCAACUUAAACAACACGACGAGCAGAUUCAAAAGAUUGAACAGAAGUUGGAGCUAGUUACAUUGGGGUCUUGCAUCAGUAGUCAGACUUUCUGCCAAGCAUGUCCCUUUCAUAUUCUCUUUGACAAUGAAAUGGUUAUUUACCAAGCUGGAAUUUCAUUGCUGCGAGUUUUGCCUUCCAUUAAAGUUGGUGAAACUAAAGUGGAAGAAGUGUUUGAAUGUAUUCGUCCUCACAUUUCACUGACAUUUGAUAACAUUUUACAAUUUAUCAAUAAGGUAUAUGUUGUUAAAACAAAAGAAGGACUUUUAGACUCUGCUACCUUGACAACAGUUUCUGAAGAUGAUGUGGGUACCUUGGAUUUUCCUACGAUGAGAUUUCGUGGUCAAAUGAUGUACCUUCCUGAAUGUGACAGCAUCAUGUUCCUUUGUUCUCCAAGUGUUCUCAACCUGGAUGGUCUCAAUGAAAUUGGUUUGUACCUGAGUGAUAUUCCAAUUCACGAUGCCACAAGAGAUCUCAUUCUACUCUCUGAACAGCACAAUGCAGAAUCACGUCUUUCUCAGCGACUAGAGAUACUGACUGACAAGCUUCAGCAGACCUCACGUGAGCUGCAGCAGGAGCAGCAGCUUACUGAUAGACUCCUCUACAGCAUCUUACCGACAUCAGUUGCAAAUGACCUCAGACUGAAGCGACCAGUAAUGGCCAAAAAAUAUGAGAUUGUGACAAUUAUGUUCAGUGGUAUUGUGGAUUUUACAAAUUAUUGUAAUCAGAGCAGUGAACCAAUGGAAAUUGUGGAACUUUUGAAUGAGACCUAUAUCAGGUUUGAUGCUCUGGCAGACAAGAACAAUGAAGUUUUUAAGGUUGAGACAGUUGGAGACAAAUACAUGGCUGUGAGUGGGUUGCCAACAAGGUGCACAAAUCAUACUGCUAACAUUGCAAAUCUUGCUCUUGACAUGAUCGACAUUGUUCAGGAAGUGAAUGCACGUGGUAGAAAGAUGCAGAUCACAAUUGGAAUUCAUUCUGGGGAGGUUGUGGCUGGUGUUGUUGGACAGAAGAAGCCCCGCUACUGUCUAUUUGGAAACACUGUCAACCUGACAAGUCGCACAGAAACUACGGGACUGAGAGGGAAGAUAAAUGUGACAGAAUAUGCCUACAGAUCGCUGCUGUGCCAGCCACAUGAUCGUUUUGUGUUCAAAAAGCGAGGACCUGUUACUAUGAAGGGAAAAGCAGAACCAAUGAUAACAUACAUCUUGCAGAGAAAGGAAAGCAGUGACAUGCUUAGGAGUGUGAUGUGCUCAGGGUUGUAGCUAAGAAAAGAGGCUGGUGGCUGAAAAUUCAAGUACGAAGACUAUCAACCAGUUGACAUGGUUUGAUCCAACACCAAAUCCUCAGUUCUAAAAUUGAAAGAAAUGAAUGGAAAACUGAGAAGAGAAUUGAGGUUUUGAUUUUGGGAGUGAAAGAGUGAAGCCAAAACCUGUAUUUAUACGCCUGAGAGCGUAAGGUUAUGUUAAAUGUAAUUAUUUCAUUUGAAGGGAAUGGUAAGACUCUCCAUAUGUACAAAUGAUUUCAUACGAAUAUCGAAAGUAAUAAAGGUGGUGAUUCAACGUCAUGUUGUAAUGACGACGCCUUUUGUAAUUACCUACGUAUUUUGUAACUACGGUUGCGGCAUUUUGUAAUAGUUUGCGUAUUUUGAUGUAAGAACUGCAUCAUUUUGUCGUAAUUGUUUGUCGACGCAAUUUGUGACAACACCGUGACUCAAAUUUUAAUAAUAUCAACUUUGUCACAAAAACAUACAAACAAGUAAGGAAAAUUGAUAUUAUUAAAUUAGUGACAAGGUAUGACUAUUAGGCCUCAUUAUUUGGAUAUAGACAGAAUAUAGGGCUACAACUUUGAUAUAUAGCGUUACUUGCGUUACUUGCAAACAAAGGUUUAACUUCACUUCCAUUGAAAUGGACAUCCACUUCAAUCAAAAUGUUACCACCUUUAUCACAAAAUGAGUAGUUGUUACAAAAUGCCGCAGAACAGUGGUUAAAAUUAAUGGUUGUACAAUUGUAUUUAUUUCCUCAACCAUAUGAUUGGUUAAAUAAAAAUUAAGUCAAA